AUGUAUAAUCUUAUAGGUCGAUCCAAUGAAGAAGAGGAAACUUCAGACUCUUCUGUAGAAAAACAACCUCGAUCCCGAUAUUGCAUUGAAACCACAGUCCUCAAUACAGAGUCAUCCUACAGCCCAGUGACCAUGGACACACAGGGACUGGACUCCAAAGCCGAGAGAAUAGCAAGAUAUAAGGCUGAAAGGAGGCGACAGCUUGCUGAAAAAUACGGGCUAACCCUGGAUUCGGAUGCAGACUCCGAAUAUUUAUCACGUUAUACUAAGACCAGGAAAGAUCAUGACAUUGAAAAGAGGGGAAGCAAAAUUGAGAAACAGGAAGAAGAUAACAAAGAUUUGACUUACCAUUCUAAGAUUGAGACUGCAGAGCCCAGGAGCACCAUUCCUGAGUCCAAGGACUAUACCUUUCACGGGAAUGAUGGAGUUCUCGAUAAGGAGGCUCUGUUGAAUAUGGAAAACCAUAGAAGAGUACAAGAGUUGAGUGCCAUUGGACAGAUCCGGGACUUGCCACCUGCAGCCGAUAGUUCUCCCUCCUUUUCGUUUUCUGGGCGAGACUCCUCAUUCAGUGAUGUGCCAAGGUCUCCAAAGCAGACACGCCGGGUAUCCCUUUCUUCACCAAAGCAGCCAGCGUCACCAAGUCAUUCAGUUACUGACUCACUAUUACAUGGUGAUUCCAGACCAAGGUAAGUAAGCAUACAACUCUGUAUCUUAUCCUUUUUUCCAGACUUUCU